CACUGCCACCAUUCGCAAUUUCCCACCCUCCAUAAAUUCCCCCCUCGCUCAUCGGCAGAGACCCAAAGCAAGUCCGAAGAAAGAGCAACGAUCAAAAAGCUAAUCUCCGCAUCCAAAACACCAGCCAAGUUCGUCGAUCGCCACCGACCCGACCGACAAUGUCGCUGAUCCGCCGCAGCAACGUGUUCGACCCCUUCUCCCUCGACCUCUGGGACCCGUUCGACGGCUUCCCCUUCGGCGCCGGCGGCAGCAGCAUCGUCCCGUCCUUCCCCCGCUCCUCCGAGACGGCGGCCUUCGCGGGCGCCCGCGUCGACUGGAAGGAGACCCCGGAGGCGCACGUGUUCACGGCGGACGUGCCGGGGCUGAAGAAGGAGGAGGUGAAGGUGGAGGUGGAGGACGGCAACGUGCUCCAGAUCAGCGGCGAGCGAAGCAAGGAGCAGGAGGAGAAGACGGACGCCUGGCACCGGGUGGAGCGCAGCAGCGGCAAGUUCCUGCGCAGGUUCAGGCUCCCGGACAACGCCAGGGCGGAGCAGGUCAGGGCGUCCAUGGAGAACGGCGUUCUCACCGUCACCGUGCCCAAGGUCGAGGCCAAGAAGCCCGACGUCAAGUCCAUCCAGAUCUCCGGCUAAGACGCCCUGCCUGCCUGCCUGCGGUCCCUGCGCGGUGAAGAAGUUUUGCCUGAGGAGAGGAGAGUCGUCGCGAUGGAAUAAAUUUGAGUCUGGUUGGGGUGUCCAGUGUCUGAUUGUGAUGCCGUCGAGUCAUCAGUGGUUCUCUUGUGAAUCGAGGCUGCUCUCAGUGAGUGACUAAGGAACAAUGAUGAUGUUGGUGUCGAUCAUGUUCUAUUGCGUUUUUGUGUUGAGUGUUUUGCGUUCAAAAUUGGUCCUCUUAUAAUGGGUGUUAUCUUGAAAUUUAGCAGAAUAAGAUACCAACAUGUUUGGCAAA